GUGAAUGAUGACAAAAGUGGUCACCGGGGGUGGGCGGGAUAUAUAAAGGAGUGCUGCAAGUCCGCCUGCUGCACUAUCCUCAGCCUCCUCUCUCUCCUCCCUUUCUGCUCUAGCAAUUCCACACCUUCCAUCUCUUCGUUUAGUUGGACAGGGCUUCCUGGCAGAGUAGAAACGUAAAUAAGCUUUUUUUUGCACCCUCAUUAUUUGUAAUCGGCCACUGCCUUCCCCGCAUAAGCACCUCUUUCGGCUGGUCCCUGUUCCAUUUCUCGUUUCGACGCCAAAGCUCCAGAGAUCUCCUUCUAGAAGCACCGAAAAGAAGAAAAAACACAAUGAGCGACCGGAUUUCGAGCGACCAGCUGCUGGAUUCGCAGCGUGUCACCAGCGACCCACGCCCACGCGACGACGUUGCCUACGAGGAUGUGACGGACAGUAGUUUCGUGUACGAGUUCGGCGGCCCCGUCGGCGCCUUCUCGAUGAUCGUUGGAUUCCCGCUGCUGAUGGGCUACCAGUUCCUGGCGCGUUCCUGCUGCCUGACAGUCCUGGGCGACUUUUUCCCGUGGGCGGGCCGCAUGUUUGCGCGCUACUGGGACAUUGCGGCGCCCAGCUGGACUGGUGCCAAGAUCUACCUCGGCUUCACGCUCUUCAUGGUCGCCCUGGCGUACGUUGCUCCCGGCCCGACCAUGUACGGCUACAAGCUGCCGAGCCUGAACGGCCAGCGCCUGCCAUACAACUGCAACGCGCUGUGGUCGUGGUGGAUUACCGUGGCCACGUCGCUGGUGCUGCACUUUACCGGCCUCGUCGCCAUGCUGUGGAGCUUCUUCCUGGCCGGUGCUGUCUACGCUGUGACGGCGCUCAAGGGCGAGAAGCACCGCGCAUCUGGCAACCUGGUCUACGAUUUCUUCAUGGGCGUGUGCCUGAACCCGCGUCUGGGCUCGCUUGACAUGAAGCUGUUCACCGAGCUGCGCAUCCCGUGGCCCGUGCUGUUCUUCAUCUCGCUGUCGUGCGCCUUCAAGCAGUACGAGACGAUCGGCUACGUGACGCCCGAGUCUGCGUUCAUGGUCCUUGCGCACUGGCUGUACUCGAACGCCUGCAACAAGGGCGAGGAGUGCGUGAUCACCUCCUGGGACAUUUUCUACGAGCUCGAGAGCUGGUAUCUGCUGUUCUGGAACCUGGCCGGCGUGCCCUUCUCGUACUGCUACUCGUCGAUCUACCUGCUGCAGAACGGGCCCAUGAACUUCUCGCUGCCCUGGCGCAACCGCUUCCGCAUGUUCUGGAACAACACCCUGAUCAAGCGCAAUGCGUUCCCGCAGCUCCCAUACAGCUUCAUCAAGGACGCAAAGUACAUCCAGACCCAGCACGGCAACAAGCUGCUGAUUGACGGCUGGUACGCGUAUGCCCGCAAGCCCCACUACACCGCCGACCUGAUGAUGUCGCUGUCGUGGG